UGGAUCUCAUAGACUUUAGAGUAAGAUUUGUCCACUUUUUUUUAUGCUUUGACAUUUUCCCCUCGUUCACCAUUGUCAAAGGUAUUCUAUAAAGCCUUGUUCUUGAGCUAAAGCAAACUCCAAUAUCUCCUUUUAACGCAAAUGCAAAAAGGCCAUCAUCCCUUUACAAAGGCAAGUAGCUAGCACUAGAAGUGAGUGAGAACUGAGAACUGAGAACCAAGGAGAGUCUUAAAAGAGAAGUCUCAAUUGGUCAAAAGACAAUCUUUUCUCCACAUUCAUGGUUCUGUGAUAGAAAUCCUGUGUCAGCAGCAACAAAUGAUCACGUUGUGGGUACUUCCAGGAAGGAACCUCUGCUUCUGCUCUGUUGAAAUGCAAAGGGUCAUGUGAAAAUAUAAUGCUGGGACUGAGUUUCACUCCAAGGCACAAGCGUUCAAACAGUGUUCCUGAUAAGAACAGAGUUGAAAAUGAUAAUGCAGAAAGCCUUAAGGUCUCAGCACAACGAAUGAAGCUGGAUGAGGGUUACAUCACGGAAUGUGCUCAAGCUAGGAAAAAAGGAGCCCCUACAAGUGAAAUCCACAGUACUCUGAAGCAAGAGACUCUCCAGCUAGAGAGAAGAUUACAAGAUCAAUUUGAGGUUAGAUGCACGUUGGAAAAGGCACUUGGAUACAAAUCUCCAUCUCUAGUUAAUUCAAGUGAAAUGAUUAUGCCCAAGCCAGCCACAGAAUUAAUCAAGGAAAUUGCGGUGUUAGAAAUGGAAGUUGUGUACUUAGAACAACAUCUUCUCUCCUUGUACCGUAAAGCUUUCGAUCAACAACUAUCUUCUGUAUCUCCUCCUACCAAGGAGGAAAGCUUGAAGUACCCUCUAACAACUCCUAGAGCACAAGUUGUCAAGGCUUCAUUGCCUGAGGUCUUAACCAAAGAAGAAUAUCCUACAGUACAAUCUAAUGACCAUGAGCUUGAGGCAAUGCGAAAGGAACAUGAUAGAAAUGAACUUGAUAAUUUGAGGAAAGAAUGCAAUGGAGGUUGGCCAGAAGAAAAACACUUAGAUUCUGGUGUUUAUCGUUGCCAUUCCUCAUUAUCUCAGUAUUCAGCAUUUACAAGAUCAUCUCCUCCAGCAGAACCUUUAGCUAAAUCUCUGCGUGCCUGUCAUUCGCAACCAUUGUCAAUGAUGGAGUAUGCCCGUGGCUGUUCAUCAAAUAUAAUCAGUCUUGCCGAACAUCUCGGUACCCGAAUCUCUGAUCAUGUUCUUCCAGUAACACCUAAUAAACUUUCUGAGGAUAUGGUCAAAUGCAUAUCAGCUAUAUAUUGCAAGCUUGCAGACCCUCCUAUGACACUUCCUCCUGGCCUUUUAUCUCCCAGUUCAUCCUUGUCCUCACCAAGUGCUUUUUCUAUUGGAGAUCAAGGUGAUAUGUGGAGCCCCGGGUUCAGGAACAAUUCAUCUUUCGAUGCACGGUUGGACAAUUCUUUCCAUGGUGAAGGAGUUGAGGAGUUUAGCGGGCCAUACAGCACCAUGGUUGAAGUAUCUUGGAUUUAUAGAGAGGGUCUGAAAUGGGGUGAUAUAGAGAAGUUGCACCAGAAAUUCAGGUCGCUUAUAUGUCGAUUGGAAGAAGUAGAUCCUCGGAAGUUAAAACAUGAGGAGAAGCUAGCUUUCUGGAUCAACAUACACAAUGCUUUGGUUAUGCAUGCAUUUUUGGCGUAUGGGAUUCCACAAAACAAUGUGAAAAGAGUCUUUCUUCUCUUGAAGGCUGCAUAUAAUGUUGGUGGUCGUACAGUCAGUGCAGACACAAUACAGAGUACAAUACUUAGGUGCCGGAUGUCUCGCCCUGGACAGUGGCUACGCAUGUUUUUUUCUUCAAGGACAAAAUUCAGAAGUGGAGAUGGGCGUCAAACAUAUGCAAUUGAGAAUCCUGAGCCUCUUUCACACUUUGCACUCUGCUCAGGAAACCAUUCUGAUCCAGCGGUACGUGUAUACACACCAAAGAGGGUGUUUCAAGAGCUAGAAGUUGCAAAGGACGAGUACAUUCGAGCUACAUUAGGGGUACGGCGCAAGGACCAAAAAGUACUUGUACCAAAGCUUGUUGAGACAUUCACCAAGGACUCAGAUAUGUGUCCUGGUGGUGUUAUGGAGAUGAUCCAAGAGUCCCUACCUGAAUCACUGAGAAAGAGUGUUAAAAAAUGCCAUCAGCUUGCAAAAUCCCGGAAGUGCAUAGAAUGGAUUCCCCAUAACUUCACUUUUCGAUAUCUCAUAUCUAAGGAUGUGUUAAAAUGAUUACUUGGCAGUGUUAAUUCUUAGUGGGGGAGAUGAUCUGCAUUGUUUGCUCUGUAAUUCUUUUUGUACAAAGUAGAGAGGGUAGCAAGCAGCAACAGCAAAGUAUUAUAUUGCAAUGUGUAGCAUUUUGCAUUUGUAAUGUUUUGAUGUAGUUGCCACAGUAAGAUUAUGCAGUGAACGGUUGUAAAUAAUUGGCUGCUAUAUGAAACAUACCAACGGGAGUGUGUUACCUCGCUUCA